UCAAGGCCGUUUCAAUAAAUAUGCCAGAUGACUCGACAUUUUCCCACCUACUUCUUCAAAAUUACUUGUUACUCAUGGAUUCUAUCAUCCCAAUUUAUUGUUCGGAUUGGUCUUAGAUUUAUAAGCAGAAGGAUCUAAUCAAAGAUUACAAUGGGACCUUAGACCAACCAAAGUGAGUUUUGUAACAAAGACUGAGGAUGUCUGCACCAGUGAAGAAAGAGUGUGGGUCUAACCAGCUUCUGAAAAAGGAGUGUGGGUCAAACCCACUUAACAAAGGUGGCUGCUAUAGGCCCAGGCCUGUUUCAGGCGACAGGCCUCUGGAUGGGAGCAUGCAUUUUACCAUAAUGAAACAAACCAAAGAGUCCUUUGAGGUGAUCAAUACCUUGCGCCAUGCUAAGAAGCUCUGCGAUGUGACACUAAUCGCAGGUGAUGAGUCGUUUCUAGCGCACAAACUAGUCCUGGCAGCAGCCAGCCCGUAUUUCAAAGCCAUGUUUACAAGUGGGAUGCGGGAGUGUGGGAUGGCUGAUAUCCCGCUUCAGGGAAUUACUCCAUGUACUUUAGCCACUCUCAUAGAGUUUGCUUACACGGCAGAGAUUCAUAUCAAUGAGAUGAAUGUGUGCUAUCUUCUCCCUGCUGCCACAAUGUUCCAAAUGACGCAUGUUGUGGAAGCAUGCUGUACGUUUUUAGAACACCAACUGGACCCCAGUAAUUGUAUAGGAAUUGCUAACUUUGCUCAGGAACAUGGAUGUACAGAGUUAAACAAUAAAGCCCGGGAGUAUAUCUGUAAACAUUUCAGCCAGGUUUGCCAGAGCGAGGAAUUUUUAAUGUUAUCGCCAUGCCAAAUGGUGCAUUUAAUUAACCAGGACGAACUGAACGUGCGCUGUGAGUCCGAAGUUUAUAAUGCUGUGAUACAAUGGGUGAAACAAGACGAGGACCGACGUCGGCCCAAAUUAGAACAGUUAUUAUGCGCUGUAAGGUGCCACUUCCUCACCCCAGGCUUCCUCAAACAGCAAAUCAAAUACUGUGAUGUCCUCAAAAACAAUCCUUCUUGUAAAGUCUACCUUGAGAGGAUAUUUGCUGAUUUGACGUUGCACAAAAAAUGUACGGAUCGUAGGCGGUUACCCCCUGCCCCACCUGUGAUAUACACUGCAGGAGGCUAUCUCAGGCAGUCUUUAAGCAAUUUCGAAGCAUUCAACCCCCAAACGGGGGAGUGGUUUAAACUCGCUGAUCUUCCAUUGCCUCGGAGUGGGCUUGCCACUGUUGUCGUUCAUCAUAUCAUAUAUGCUGUAGGUGGCAGGAAUAACUCCCCUGAUGGGAAUAUGGAUUCCAAUGCCGCGGACUGCUAUGAACCUUUUACGAAUUUAUGGAGGACUCUGCCUCCCAUGUCAGUUCCUAGGAAUAGAGUGGGGGUGGGGAAUAUUGAUGGUAUGUUGUAUGCUGUUGGAGGGUCACAUGGAACUAUACAUCAUAAAUCUGUGGAGAGGUUUGACCCGGAGAGAGAAGAAUGGUCAUUUGUGGCCCCAAUGGCCACUCCCAGGAUAGGGGUGGGCGUGGCAACUAUCAAUCGCCUGUUGUAUGCUGUGGGAGGGUUUGAUGGACAUAACAGACUGGCUUCCACAGAGUGCUAUUACCCAGAGACUGACGAGUGGAAACUGCUGGCUUCCAUGAAUACAACACGGAGUGGAGCUGGCGUAGUCUCUAUGGACCAGUAUGUGUAUGCAGUGGGGGGAUAUGAUGGCACAAGUCAGCUUCGCACUGUUGAGAGAUUAGACACGGAGGCCAACGUCUGGGAGUUUGUGGCGCCAAUGAACAGACCCAGGAGUGCAUUAGCCUGUGCAGUAUUGGAGGGAAAACUCUACGCAUUAGGUGGUUAUGAUGGCAAUGACUUCCUAUCAUCAGUAGAAUGCUACAACCCUGACCGAAAUGAGUGGACAGAAGUGACCAACAUGUCAUGUGGUCGUAGUGGACACGGCGUAUGCAUUGGGAUGGAGCCGUGCACUAAGUAUUGCAAUGACUAAAACAUGGGCAAGAUUGGUCCAAUCUCAUUCUGAAAAACUACUAAAUGAUAUGGCGGACAGUACACCAGCUUGGAGAAGAUACUGCCACUAUAUCUAGGUCAAUCAGUGCCUGCAGAUCUAGGUCUACAUGGUGUUGAAGGACUCACCCAAGAGCUUCUUAUGGAACUUACCUAGAAAAUAAUGUAGAGCAGCUGAAACCAUUUUCGGUCCCUAGCAUUUGUUGUGUUCAGUGGUGUAUGAAAAAUAAUGUCGUCUUUCAUCUUCAGUGGUAUAUUAUCAGUAACCAAUCCAAGGUACCACAUUAAGUAUCAGGGUAUCUGGCAGCGUGAAACGUAAUAAUACUCACUGCUAAUAUUACGCCUAAUUUUCUGUGCCUGAUUCUUGCAUUAAUAACACAAGCUUAUUUCUAAAUGGCAUGCUAUUCAUUUUGGUGGGAUGAAGGAUAUGUGUGAAAAUAUUCUUGGUCUAUAACUUGGACUAUCACAAGAGUGUACUUCAAGGAUCUGUUUACUUUGGUGCUCCUUUUUUUUUCUGUUUCAAUAAAACAGUGGAAGCCAUAACUUUAUUAUUUAAAUAAAGCUGCGAUGCUGUUUUGAAUUCUUUCCUGACAGUCUUGCCCAUGGUUUUAUUUCUUCAGUUUGACUGACUACCCAAGGGGUGUGGUGUCUACUAAUAUCUAUAACCUGUUGGGAUGUAACUAAUACCAGAUGACACUGAAAACUUAUCUUCACCUGCGUAGAAAUUGCCAGUAUAUCUCAAUAUCUUUAAUCUGCUUUAAUAGAAAAAUUAAUCAUAGUUACCAUAUGUCUUUAUUUUUCUAUUCAAUUUUGAAAAUCUAUGUUGUGAUAACUGUUGUGCACAGUUUUCAGUGGGAUCAUUAUAUUAUGAAGUUUUAUGAUGAUGAAUAAUUGAUCUGAAUAAAUCCUGUUCUUUUGCCUGUUGCUGGUAGUUGAUACAGACAAGGAUUAUGGGGGAAUUCUAAUUGUUGAUAGAUGAAAUGAUGUUUCAUGAAAGAGGCAUCUUUUUUUAGUAGUUUUAGUAUUUAUUAUGUUGGAUGAUGAUAAUAUUGCUAGAUAUGCUUUUGUCAUGCUUAUUGAGUUAUACAUAAGUAUCCAUGCAGUUCUCUUUAAAAAAAGUAAAUUAUUAUUCUCUUCUUUCACCAUAGUUUUUUUUCUUUCUUCAAAGAAUAAUUUUGGGUUUUAACAAAACAGUAUAAACAGUUGUGUGCAGUAAUAAAAGACAAUAUGAUUUUCAUAUUACUACUGAGAUGCAACUGUCUUGGAAUUUAUAUGUGACUCUUAAAAUCAGUUAAACUUGCUUAAACUAGUUUACAGAGAAAUUGAACUGUAUACUACGCACGCAGUACUCCACCCUCAAUUUAUGACUUGAUAAGUAUUACAUGUGUCUAUUGAUUGAGUAAAUAGAAAUGCUGUGAUAAGCUAGGCUUUCACCAGGUCAUGAAAUAACAACAUGGUCACUUGUAAGAUGCCACAUGACUCAGCAAAUUAUUUACCUGAAGGGGACAAGAAAUGUUAUGACCAUGACAUGCAACAUUAAUUAAAGGGUAUCAAUAAGUUUGACCUUAAUUUGGCACCUAGCCCUAAUGAAUAAAAUAAUAAUAAUAAUAAUAACAAUAAUAAUAAUAUAUACAGUUACCAGUGCCUCCUUCUUAUCAUACCUGUCCCUUACAACCUCAUUUUACAGCUUACCAUGUUGUAUUUCAUUCACAUUUUUGUGUUGUCAACUAAAGUUAACUUACAAGUAGUUUUAAAUCAUAUGAGUACAAUAAAGUUUAAAGGAAAAGAAUCAAGUUAUGCUGAUCAACUCUGUUUGAUGUGUUGACAUACUAUUCCUUGUUUGGUAUUUUGAGUGAUGUAUGCUGCAUGAAUUGAAUGUAGGGGAGUAGUAAAGGUAAUUGGCUUUCCUGGGGUUGCUUGCUUUGCAUUUGCAGACUCUUAAACACGCUUUGACACUUGUCUUCCUUUAAUAAAUAACUCACAGUAUUUCAUAACUAACAGUAUUCUUUACCAACUAACUUUUACAGAUUCUGUAUCAAAAUACCAUGCUAAAAUAUCUGAGGAUGGAUAUAUACUGAACAACAAGGGUCAUUAUGUUGUUGCAAGUCUUUUGAAAGUUCAAGGUAUUUAUUUACUGGCAGUUAGUAAGUGUGUAUACUCUCAUAUACCCAUGUAAAACUGAAAGACAUACAUGUGCAACGUGGCCAGUUUUGGAUGUCAUUUGUUAUAUGGUGUCAUUUGUUGAAACUUUGGAGCACACUCAAUAUAGCAUACUCGGGUUACAUCAGUACAUGAACAUGUACUGUUGAAAUGCUCAGUAAAAAAGUGAUGGAUCAAGGAAGAUAAAAGAGCAUGUAUGGUCAGUAAUAAAACAUACCUCUUAUAUAAAGUGGGAGUAAUUAUUGAGGGUUGCAGCAGUUUAUGAGGAUGGAGAUAAUAUAAAUAAUAUACUCAUUUAGGUUGAAGCAAUUUAGUUGCAAUUUAUUUGGUUAAAGUGAUUUUUCAAAACCAGUCUUUUCUUUGUUGUGUUGCAGUAGUUUUGAUAUUCAGAAAUGGAGAGAAAAAUUUACAUGCCAAAACGAAAAUGAAAAUCCAAGGUUUUCUAUUAUUCAGAGAGCUUUUGUUUUGAUUUAUAAUUCACAGUGCUUUUUCAAGGCUUGGGUGAGAAAGUGCUCAAUGCACCCUGUCCCAAGAUCUACAAUUAUUGUUAUAAAACAAAUUGACAUUUUGAAACAUUUCUUGGUGAAGAAUCAUUUAUGUUCUUCUAGAUAUUUUACUCCCCAACUUAAAACUGAUGUUGUCAAUCUGUGGUGUUCACACACUAAAAUGUUACUAAUACAGGUACAUGUUUAUGAUAUAAAUGUAUAGAUUAAUAAAUUAACAUAAGUUUUACCUUAAGGCAACAGUUACAUAAAAUACCUUCAAAAGAGAAAAACAGAAACUCCCACACUAAAGUACAAAAAUAGAUAAAAGUUCAACUUGUGAUUAGAAAGCACUCCACUCCACAAGAUCAUGAAAAGAACAGUAUUAUGCUUGUCUGUCAUUAUCAUAGAUAAAAAAAUGGAUGAAGAUUCACAAAGUGCAUUACAAAAUUUUAAAAAUACAUGUAAUGACAGGUCAAGAAAAAAAAACUUCCUUAAUCAUUUGCUUCCUUAUUAUUUAAGAGUGACUGUGUAUGUUGUGUUAGUUGAGUUCUUUACUCUACACCUGGCCUAUUCUUGUUUUGUUAGAGAAGAUCUCAGUAAUGUGCAGUGAUCUCAAUGUAUUAAGUCUUGUUCAUUAAUGUGAGUAAUGUAUUAUAUAUAUUUAUGUGUGAAUCCAGUGAGAUUUUUAGAUUAAGCUUUAGGGUGUACCUGUUAACUGACAACAUCUCUUUAAGAAAAAAUUAAAAGAGGUGUAAGAAAUUGUGGAUUUGAUAGCAUUUUCAAAAAUAUGAAAUGUUACCUUAGUCUUUUCUGGUUUGUUGCAAUUUAUUUGGUUGACAUUAAUUUAUCAAAGUCUUCUCCUGUCAACCACUUAACCACAGCAUAAUUGGCUAAGUACCUCUGUAAAAUUCUAGCAGAAAACAAUUUUGCAUGGGAAAGAGAGUAGUGAUGUUCCAAGUGCAGUGAUAAACUAAUAUCACUGCUUUGAGUAACUAGUAUGUAUUUGAAGCUGAACUGCAUAAUGUUGAAUAAUUUCAGCUUUUCUGUUUCUUUUCUGAUAUUUUAUAUGUAUGUAAGUCAGUUUUGGAGAAAUAAGUGCUAGUACUUUUUAUUCCAUGUAAAAGAUACUAUAACUUGCAUGACAAAAUGUGUUCUUCAACCUGUCUUAAAUGGUUCUGUAAAUUGUUUGUAAAUUAUUUGUAAAUAAAAUAUGCAGAAUACAA